AUGACCCCGUCCGGGUUGAAGGCGGUGGUGCGCGAGAAGAUCCUCAGCGUUCUCCUUUGCAGUGUGAAGAAGGAAGGAGAAUGGAAGAUACUGAUCAUGGACCACCCCAGCAUGCGCAUCCUCUCAUCAUGCUACACGAUGUCCGACAUCGUGGACGAAGGCAUCAUGCUUAUGGAAGAUAUUAAUAAGCCCCGGGAGCCAAUCCCCAGCCUGGAGGCCAUCUACCUGCUCAGCCCUGUGGAGAAGUCGGUGCAGGCUCUGAUCAAUGACUUCCAGGGCACCCCCACCUUCACCUACAAGGCGGCUCACGUCUUCUUCCUCAACUCCUGUCCUAAGCCUCUGUUCAAGAUGCUGGAGAAGUCAAGGAUCACCAAGGCCACCAAAACCCUCAAAGAGAUCAACAUGGCCUUCCUGCCCUACGAGAGCCAGGUGUACUCCCUCGACAGGCCACAGAUCUUCCACGAGUGGUUCAGCCCCCACCGUUCCUUGGAAAAGAACGAGCAGCUAGCGAUGCUGGCAGAGCAGAUUGCCACAUUGUGUGAAACCCUGGAGGAGUAUCCAGCCAUUUGCUACAGGAAGGACCAUGAAGAUAACUUCCACCUGGCGCAUGCUGUGCUAGCCAAACUCAAGGUGUUCAAGGUAUAUGAGCCCAGCAUGGGAGAGGGCCCCGACAACGCCCGCUCUCAGCUGCUGAUCGUGGACCGGAGCUUCGACCUGAUGUCCCCACUGCUGCACGAGCUCACCUACCAGGCCAUGGCCUACAACCUGCUCAGCAUCGAGAAUGACAUCUACAAGUACGAGAUGACGGGCACCAGCGACUCGCGGGAGGAGGCGCUGCUGGAUGAAAACGAUGAACUCUGGGUGCAGCUACGCCACAUGCACAUCGCUGAUGUCUCCAAGAAGGUGACUGAGCUGCUGCGCACCUUCUAUGAGAGCAAGAGGCUGACCAUGGACAAGGCCAACAUCCAGGAUCUGUCCCAGAUCCUGAGGAAGAUGCCCAAGUACCAGAGAGAGCUGAACAAGUACUCCACACACCUGAACCUGGCCAAGCACUGCAUGCGGCACUUCAAAGGGACGGUGGAGAAGCUGUGCAGCGUGGAGCAGGACCUGGCCAUGGGGACGGACGUGGACGGGGAGGUGAUCAAGGACCCCAUGAAGAUCAUCCUGCCCGUCCUGCUGGACCCCAGCGUGCAGGCCUACGACAAGACGCGCAUCAUCCUGCUCUACAUCUUCUUGAAGAAUGGUGUUUAUAAUGAGGUUGUUUCCCUCCUGGCACAUAUGGAUGACCAAGAUAAGGGCAAAAUUGCCCUCAGGAUUGCCUUUAUAGCUGAGACCAAGCUGGCUAUCGUUGUGACAGUUCUGCUGGAGAAACUGCAACAGGAUGAGCGGAACCGACGCCGGCCCUCAGGCCACCCUGCGAGCACCAACCACAGGAAGAGCCAACGCGACUCCCCAGCCUGCACCGCGAACCCCACCCGCCGAGGGUACGGGGUCCACCCCCCAGAUCGCUCUGCAAACUCCUACUGUCAGAGGAGUCAACGCCACAGCCAGACCGCGGCACCAGUCCCCCAUCGUCAGACGGACCAGUACGGCCCCAAAAGCCACCAGACCGAUCCCUGCCGCCAGAAGGUCGCACGCUUCCACAGCAAUCCCCCAGACAACAGCCGCACACGGAAGAUCUAG